AUCUUUCUUGCACAGCACUCAUAAUAAUUAACUAUCGCGGCACCGACUACGUCACACGCGUCAGAUCGCUGGUAGAUCUGUCAAUACUCGGAAUAUGCCACAGUUAUCUACAAACUAGGAGAAGCAUGGAUUCGCGCAAUGAGCCGCUCUGGCAGUGGCCAUCUGAAUCGGCUGCGCCGCCUCAGUCGGACGAGACGCAGGAGGAGUCUACAGACAGGCCUCCCCCGGGUGACUCGUCGGGCGAUACCUUGCAUGAAAUUCGGCAGCGACACUACUCUCCUCGGACAUGUCGCAUCUGCUUGGAAACGGUCUAUCCCACCUUUCCGCCUCCCUCGGAGUAUAUCCCCGGAUUUCUCCAGCCCCAGCAGCGGGUCGUCUAUGAAUCGUCAGACCCGGAGUCUGGUCGAUUGCUUCGUCCCUGCAAAUGCAAAGGAUCCUCCCGUUAUGUGCAUGAAGGAUGCUUGCAACUGUGGCGACACUCCGACCCGGGCUAUGGCAAGCGCAAUUACUGGCAUUGCCCGACCUGCGGGUUUUAUUACCGGCUAGAACGUCUCCGGUGGGCGCGCUGGAUUAGUAGCACCGUGAUGCAGCUUGCAUUGACUCUCGCCAUUUUGUUGUUUACUGUAUUCUUGCUUGGUUUCGUUGCUGACCCCAUCUUUAACAUUUUCGUGGACCCUGUGGAUCCCAUCGUGCCCCCUGAGAUCUGGGAUGUCAGGCCGGUGAAACCGAUGGUCCAUAUCACGGAUGACCGAAAGUCCUCGUGGACUGAACACUACCUCAAGGGCGUGGCUUCUCUGGGCUUGCUGUCUUGCAUCAAGUCCGUUUUUGCAUUCUCCCCCUGGCACGGGCUGACGCUGCGCCCUUCGCGGUUUCUCAGUGGUAGCAGUUCCGGCCGGAAUACGGGGAGAAACCGAGUGGGAUGGCUAAUUAUCGUCAUCGGCGUUGGUACCUUCCUGUGGGCUGUCUACAAGGGCGUGCGGACCUGGAGCUGCAAGGUCUUAGAGACAGCUGGCGAGCGCGUGAUGGAUGUCCCGCUGCCUGAUGAUGAGGAUGAAGCCGUGCCCAUGUCUACAAGUCAUCAGAGUAAGAAGGACGAGUGACGCUGCGCCUGGGACUCGCGCCACGUUGUCUUGAACCGUUCAGAGCUAUCGUAAAUCAAUCUUGCCUGUUCUCGGUGUUUUGGGGCACAAUGCUUCGUGACGAUUGCUCUUCAAUCUUUCGACUCACCCGCACUACUUAAGUUGCCACACUCCUUUUCUCGAUGAGGUGUCAAUUAGUCGAUGUGCGCAGAAUGCCACCGACCCUCGUUAACUUCCGAGGCUUGAUUUGAUGAGUGGAUCUGAGCUGGCGCCGGAACGUUUUGUUCCUCUGCUUUUUCAGCCUACUCGCUAAUGUCAAACGUGCCCGGAGGGAGGGUCAACCUGCACUUUACUCGAUCCAAGUAGGCGCUACGGUUCUCAACGGCGUUUUCGAUCGGGGUGCUGUACAUGCUUUAAGUAGUCUGUAAUGUAAGUAAUAUCUAAUAAAUUUCUGUCGAC